AUGAACAUCGUUAUAGACGCUCUGAUAAAUUGCAACUGGUUUACAGUGCCAAUUAUAUAUCAAGUGCACCGCAUACGGGAUGGGAAAAGCUUUGCUACCAGAAAGGUAGAGGCAAUACAGAAGGGGAACAUUGUAUUCACCUUGAUUGCUUCUUUUCAGAAAGAGGAAGGAGGAUUCACUCACCAGGUGGUUGCAAUGCCUUCCGUGCCUUGUCCAGAAGAGCUUUUAUCAAUGGAAGAAUUGAGAGAAAGGCGUAUCGUUGAUCCUCGACUCCCCAGGACAUACCGGAACAAGGUAGCUAGUAGGGAAUAUGUACCCUGGCCCAUAGAGAUCAGGUUCUGUGAGCCUAAUACUUCCACCAAUCAGACUAAGUCUCCUGCGAGCUUAAGGUAUUGGUUUAGAGCGAAAGGAAAACUUUCUGAUGACCAGGCUUUGCAUAGAUGUGUUGCUGCAUAUACUUCAGAUCUCAUAUUUCUUCAAGUAAGCAUGAAUCCUCAUCGUGAAAAGGGUUUGAAGUCGUCAACUGUGAGCCUGGAUCACUCGAUGUGGUUCCACAGGCCUUUUAGGGCUGAUGACUGGGUGCUAUAUGUGAUUUAUAGUCCCAGUGCUCAUGGUGCACGAGGGUUUGUUUCAGGACAAAUGUUUACAAGGAAUGGAGAGCUUGUUGCAUCACUGACUCAAGAGGGCUUAUUGAGGAUGGCCAGAACUGCCAAAUCUAAAUUGUGAAAUUCCCUCGUAGUGCAUUCAGAAGAGGAACAUUUUGCAAAUUCGGCAACCAUUAUUCAGGUUUUAGUGGUUUCUUGACAUGGGUAUGGUUCUAAUCACAGGUCAACAUUUUAAAUAAGAAGCAGCAGAAUGAUCUGUGGUUUAGAUUUAUAACCUUGAUGAAAUAAGUGGGUCGUUUCCUUUCGGACAUGUUUCUAUAUAUUUAUGAACUACAUAUGGUUUCAGUAGCAUCAAAAUAAUCCUUCGUGUAACAUGAAGUGUUUAAAGCAUGUCUAAGGCCUUUUGGUUUGCGACAUGAAGUGUAGAGUUUCUACUUUCUAUAGUCGUUUAGAUGAGGCAUAUUCCGAGAGAAGUGUUUAACUGUUCAUAGAACUCUUAUGCCUAUUGGCUGUAAUUUUUGAUUUGUUUUGGAACCGCAGUUGCGAGAAUAGGAACAUAAUCUAUUACGGAUUUAUGCUGAUUAACACA